CUGUAUUAUACCACUGCAUAUCCUCUAACAGAUAAUGGGUCACAUGGAUGUCAUCAAGAUCAUCAGUGAUGGCUUUAACAUUUACUUCCCAAUGAUGAUUGUGGCACUUUGUCUGGCAACAUACUAUAGCUUAGGAUCCAGGCUGCUGUCUGCUUUAGGGUUCCAGCAGUUUAUGUGUGAUGAUGACCUUACAACAGACCUCAUCGAGGAAGGCAAAACACUCAUAAGUAGAGAAUCUCGUCGCCGUCAGAGAAUGGAAGAUAAUGCUGCCCGGCGUAAAGAUUUUGCAGAAAGAUUUGGUGGUGGUGAAUCUUCUGCCAGUAUGUACAGGUAAGAUACUGGCUUCUGGAGGAAAAUCAGAAGUAAAAGUAAGUUGUAUAAUUAGACA